UUAUACCUGGACGACUGAAUCUCGACAGGCUCCCUGUAAGCCUUUUCUUCUUCUAUUAAAAAAAAUCAGUCGAUUCUUUUUGUGUCUCUUCGGGAUGCUUCGUAAAGAGAUGACGCUUGAGUUGGAAGCGGUGUCGCCCACCUGCCGGGCGGACUCUCCCGCCGGGACAAGGUGCCAGGAGACGGCCGAGGAGGCGAACUCUCCUGCCUCCUCUUCAUCCUCCUCUUCCUUGGGGAGCAAUGCAAAGGACGUCUGCCAAGACACUGCGUUUAUUCCGACCGUCACUGCAAUCUCCUCCAGCCCUGAUUUCCAGUGGAUGGUCCAGCCUACAAUCAUUACAUCUGUCUCCCCGUCUCCGGGUUGCGAGCGAGCCAAUCAGCCGCAGAGCUCUCGCAAGGCAACACCCAUCAGAGAGAGCAGGAAUAAGGGAAAGAAUGCAGCGAGGAAGGCAAAAGCAGAGCAGCUCUCUCCGGAAGAGGAGGAGAAGAAGAGGAUCAGGAGGGAGAGGAAUAAAAUGGCUGCUGCCAAGUGUCGCAACCGACGGAGGGAACUGACGGAUACGCUGCAAGCUGAGACGGAUAAGCUAGAGGAAGAAAAUGCAUCCUUGGAGACAGAAAUUGCCAACCUCCUCAAAGAAAAAGAGCGCCUGGAAUUCAUCCUGGCCACGCAUAAACCGGCGUGCCAAAUGUCCGAGGCCAUGGAGUGUGUGUUCCUUGAGUCUGCCGGAUCCCCGGAAAUUCCGCCAAGUCCGGAGGAGGAUCAGCUCCCAGACGACGACAUUCAGGAAGCUCCUUCGCUCCAAGACAUGGACAUCCCCAGCGAUCCGUCCACAGCCAUCUCGGGGAACUCCAACAUCCUGUUGUGCGCCAGCGCUGAAAUCAACAUCUGCGAUCUGGAGCCCUCUCUGGACAUCAAGGGGGGGCUCCUGGACGCUAUGCUGCCCACUUUGGAGGACAAGCCGCCCACUGAGACGGCCCGGUCUGUUCCGGACAUCGAUCUGAGCGGCUCCCUCGGGGUCUCAGACUGGGAGACCCUGUACAAGUCUGUCUCCAGCGACCUGGAGCCCCUCACUACUCCUGUGGUGACCUCCACCCCAACCUGCAGCAGCUACCUGUCGGUGUUCACCUUCUCCUGUCCUGAGCUGGACUUGCUCACAGAGGGACUCGACAGCCAUAAAGGAGGAGGGGGAGGAGGAAAAGCCGAAUCUGUCGAUCACCUCAACUCCCCAACAUUGCUGGCCUUGUAAAGGUGUGCUAUUUGUUUCUCUCUCUCUCUCUUGCAGGUUUCGGAAUUCGGAUACAAAGAAGCGAGCAACUUGCAUAAGCCACUGUGUGUAAGCAGGAAUAGUUUGAGGAUGACUACAUUCAAGAAAGACACAUGGCCACCUGUGUAAUGAUGUAGCAUGGCGUUCACUUUGACACGAGCGAGCUCUCCAUUGAAAUGCAUGCGGAGAAGUUUCCAGAUAAUUUUCCAAACUGAAUAUACUGUACAGCAUAUCUCUCAGUACAGUAUAUGAUCUGUUUAGAUCUAGGAUGUAAUGUGGAAUUUAACUUGUCUGUAUGGUUUCGUGUUUUGGUGUCCCGAUUGCUAUUGAUGCCGUAAUCACACACAUUCAUCCAUGCUUACCUCAAUGUCAUCAACUGUGGUUUUGACCUCAUUGUUGAGAAAGUUUUCCAUGAAAACAUCCAGUCCUAUAUACUAUAAUAUAUAUCUAUCAAGAUGUAACUUAUGAUUUAUUUUUCUACCUGUCAGAUUUUGUUAAAGGAUGAAGAGAUUGAGCAUUGAGUGCUUAUCUAUGCUGCUGAAUAAUAAUAUCAACAAAUAAAUUGACUCCGAGUUGCA